CACUACUAUAUAACAAAUAAUUUGAGCUAAAAUAUGUCUGGAUCACGUGACAACUACAUAACUCCUGCUGAAUCAGACUGCUUAGCUCAGAUCGAAUGUGAACGUACAACUGCUAAACAGGAGAUAGAAAACAUCCAGCACAUCCUGUGGCUAAACUUUCAGGACACAGCUCACUACACAGCAGCGCUGUGCAAAGACAGAGGCGCUACUAACAGCAACGUACUGCAGUUUCAGUUCCAGCAGUCAGCCAUAGCUGUCACCAGGCUUUACAAAGAUAGUGUAGACGCGGUUGAGAGAGCAUUUGAACUAGGUCAACAGUACGGAAAAGUUGCCUACAGAAGAGACUUAUCAACAUGGUCUAAGAGGAAGAAAAGAAAGAUUAACAGACUUGAUUUUUUGAAACAACUAGCACGUAAGAACUGUCCCACCACGCCCCUUACAUCUGAUAACGAGAGUGACGAUCUAAGCUGCGUGCUAUCCAGUCUCGGGGUCGCCUCACCCCGCUCCGGUCCAUCUUCUAGCCUGGCAUCCCCACGAAAUACCUACGGGGAGCCAAGCGGGCUGCAGUCUCGGCAGGAGGGACAGAAUGGUAGGCCAAACAGAGAACUUCAGAUGAACAGACAGAGCAGAGAAGGUCAGAACAGCAGACAGCAGUCGCCCUCUCCUCCCUCCACACCACCCCACUCUUCAGCCCCCUCAUAUUACGUCAGUAGGAAACGGAAAGCUGAGAACUUGUUGGACGAGUUUUUAGAAACAGUUCAUAGUUCUAAAAGAAACAGACAAUGAAAUUACUGUGAUCUUAACAAACUCAAAUAGAAAUUGAAGAUUCUAAUUAAUAAUAAAUAGACAUUUAAUUGUAGAAAAUCGAAUCUCGAUUCACAGAUUUAGCUUAAAACUAAAUCUUGAGUUUGUAUUGAAAACAAAUAUGUUAAUUAUCUAAGUUGUUUGAUUGGUUAUUUUUUGAUAUUAAGGUUGAAAACGUCUAAAGAGUUAUGUUAUAUGUA